CACAUUCGAACCGUGCUCGAGAACAGUCGGUUUUCCGCCAGCCCUGCCGCAGAUUUCUCUCUCUAAAGAAAUUGAAAAGAAACACGAGUUCCAGUAUUUCAGUAUACAAGGUGCCGACUCUUGCGGUGCUGAAGACGCAUAUAUUCUUCCUCACGCGUAACUCUCGUUUCAGGCGUUCGGGAGCACACCCGGUUCUCCAAGUCAAUCACACAGAGCAGCAGCAAACAUGAGCAAGUGCCAGAAUUUCUUGCGUCAAUUCCGCGACGCGGAAAGCCAGCAGUUGAAGAAACUCACUGCGAAUCAAUUCAUGGAGGUCUGGAAUAACUACGACUCCGACGGGAACGGAUACAUUGAGGGAACCGAGCUGGACGGAUUCCUGCGGGAGUUUGUGGCCAGUGUGAACUCCGUGGACGUGGGGCCCGAGGCCGUAUCCGACAGCAUGCUUGCAGAGCUGAAAGAAUGCUUCAUGGAAGCUUACGACGACAACCAAGAUGGGAAAAUUGACAUCAGAGAGUUGGCGCAACUGCUACCCAUGGAGCAGAAUUUUCUCCUUCUCUUCCGCUUUGACAACCCGCUCGACUCAAGCGUGGAGUUCAUGAAAAUCUGGCGCGAAUACGACAAAGACAACAGCGGGUACAUUGAGGCCGACGAGCUCAAGAGCUUCUUGAGGGACCUGCUGCGCGAGGCGAAGAAAAUCAAUGAAGUUUCCGAAGAUAAGCUGAUCGAAUACACUGAUACAAUUUUGCAAGUUUUCGACGCCAACAAGGACGGGAAGCUGCAACUGAGCGAAAUGGCGAAGCUGUUGCCAGUCAAGGAAAACUUCUUGUGCCGACAGGGGGCGUCCAAACUCACCAAGGAGGACAUCGAGAGAGUUUUCGCUCUUUACGACCGGGAUAACAACGGAACCAUUGAGAACGAAGAAUUGGGAGGAUUUCUCAAGGACCUGCUGGAGUUGGCGAAGAAGGAUUACGACGCUCAGGACCUGAGUGAUUUCCGCGAGUCUAUUAUGCGAGGCUGUGACUUUAACCAGGAUGGGAAGAUCAACAAGAAGGAACUGACUAUGAUCCUACUUGCUUUGGCAAAGGCGAAUGAAGAAGAAGAGGCCAUGGGGAUGUGAAGCGGCUUUACACACAAGUUCCUCGCCGCGAAAGAAAAAUUAUCGUUUUACCUAAAUACGCGUUGUUGCUUGCUUUUCUGUCUCCACGAGCCGCUGUGGGUGUUCUUAUAGAUGCCCGAAAAAAUUGAUGAGUGAACUUCAAAAUUCCCUCAGUACAGCGGGGCUGGUUCUUUUCUUGCGCGUCUCUCAAAUUCUUCACUGCCCUUCCCGAAAAACUAAGUCGGUUUCUCGCAGGAACUGCCAAAUAUUCGCUUGUUGAUGCAAUCCACCGAUGGUUGGUCGGAAAAGUGAUUUGGAAAAAGCGCGAAAUGCGCUCUUGUGGAUUUCAAUCGAUGGGAAAAUAUCUCAGCUCUUAGCAAUCAGAUUCUUUUAGCCUUUGUAAAAUGCGAAAAUUCAGUAUUCAAAAAUGUUUUGCGGUUGCUCUACUGCAUCCUUUUCCACGUUUGAUUUAUUUUCCUUCUUUGAAGUAUUUUAUUUUACAGUUAAUCAGCACUGAACUCAACAUUUGCCGCGUUAUUGUUCAGUUGUCAUGAGCCCCUCUUGAAUAUUACAGGCCAGCCCUUGUCUUCUGUUUUAAAGCAACACUACGUUUGGAAAAAAAAAGUGUUACCGGCUCGUCGAAGGAAAUGUCGAUUGACGGAUGAAUUGAAUCUUGGAAUGAGAUUUGUUCAGAUUGUGGUGUUUGAGAACGCUUCUGUACAUGAAAUUCGGAUAUCUGUCAAGGAAACUGCUUGUUUGUCGGCUGGGGUCGCGAAAUCUUGGACCGUUUCGAUGCAAUCGCGACGGGUUCGCGUUGGCGACGAGUGUCUAUUAACACCUUGAACAGCAUAUUGUGCUUUUUUGGAUUUGGCUCGUUUGUAUUCAUGGUAACUGAAGCGAAUGAGUGAUGAGGAGUGUCGGUGUGUGUUUCGUUGAGGCUUGUUUUAGCGUGGGUCCCACCUGCCACGAGUGUCGCCUCCCUCUUUCCGCAUUUUAUAUCUACGGCUGUCAUGGUUAGGCGUAAAUGCAAAUUUCGUCGCGUUAGAUGCGAGAAAAAUGGGAAGAACGAGUUCGCAUAGCUAUUGAGAUGAUUGGGAGCUUAAAUGUCUUGGCGUGUCAGUCGUUUGCCGUAUUUGAGAGUUACCACGAGUUGCAUAGGUUCAGUUUUUGACCUCUUCCUAAUCUUGUUUGAGCAGUCACUUGAUGGAGUGGAUAAAAUAUACGUCAACUUCCAUGUACUCGAAAAUCUUGAUGAAGGCAUUCAUCAUUUGCCGUAUUGACGCGAAAAUAUGCCGUGUACGAUUAUAAACUGCCUCAUGAAAUCAAUAGCCAAUGAGGGGAACACCAAAAGUCAAUUAAAAGAAUGAAAUUCGCUCUAUUCAACAAAAUUGCGCCGAGCCCAUGAAAGAUUUUCCAAAAACGUUUCUAGGCAGAUGGUUGCUCGGUAAUUGCAGUCAAGAGGGUCAUGAUCCUUGAUGCAGUAUUCCAUUAUACUAUUAUAAACUUCAAGAAAUUGUGCAUUCUACAUUUGAAUUCCAGCUCAUGCACGCGAGCCUCAGACCAUUUUUCUGGGGAAAAACACCGCAUUCUUGAGUCAAUGUCAUCUAUACUCGAAUAUCUUGAAUGUGUGGCACAGCUCCGUUUUUGAGCAUAGUUUUUAAUGAAAAAAGUGUGACCAAUAGUCAGUUAAAUUUUGGUAGUUUAUUCCAACCUUUCGACUAUUCAUCCGUCGCGAUCAUUGCGCGCCUCUUGACGCAAGUCGGUAUUGGUCGUUUCCUUGAAUUUUACAUGAAGCUGUCUUCCCUCAUUCAUGCUAAACUUGAAUCGAUGGAAUACCGAAGUCUCUAAGUAGAUUUGAAUCAAAUAUUAAAUUUGAUUUGCUUAUAGUGGCUCUCCUUUCUGUUCAGAUAUUCGUCUUCAAUUUGGACCAAGACUCAAAUUCGUACUAACCCGGUUAGGCAUUUCUGGAAGAAAUCCCGAUAAUUUUUUUUUCAUUUGGUUGAAUCGUUAGUUGGUACUCAUGUGUCCCUUUUUUGCUAGUGUGUGUGAUGCAUUCAGAUAACGUAUGUGACUUUUUCAUGCGUGGCAUUGCUUCUCGAAAUAUAAAUGUUUUUGUUCCUUUAUCGCUAAA